AUAAAAGUAGGGUUGGGGCUGCAAUGUGGUAUGUCUAUACCUGCUUUCUUCGCGUUCAUGCAGACGACGUAUUCAUGAUACUCACUGGCAACAUCGGCUGCCAUGUACACGGAAGCGGUGUUAUUGUUCAGUAGAAAUCUUUUUAUUCGUAUAUACUAAUUACUGGUCGAGUUUCAUAAUCUAUUAUUCACGAUCGAAAAUUGAAUAGUUCAUUCUCUCAAAAGCACGCAAUGGAACAAAACCCAAAUAUACCUUAUUCACGGUCCGGUGACAAGGGGGAAGACGAGAUAAUACUGCAACCGUUUAGUUAUAUUCUGCAAGUUCCUGGGAAGCAGAUCAGGACGAAGCUAGCACGUGCUUUUAAUUACUGGUUAAAAAUACCGCACGAUAAACUGCUUGCUAUUCGAGAUAUAAUACAAAUACUCCAUACUUCCAGCCUCUUAAUUGACGAUAUUGAAGAUAAUUCGGUUUUAAGAAGAGGUAUUCCUGUAGCUCACAAUAUUUAUGGGAUAGCUAGUACAAUAAAUGCUGCAGACUAUGGUAUGUUUAUCGCCUUAGAAAAAGUUCUUGCUUUGAAACAUUCAGAGGGUACACAAGUGUACGUAGAACAAUUAUUGGAACUUCAUAGAGGGCAAGGUAUGGAAAUUUAUUGGAGAGAUAAUUAUAUUUGCCCAUCUGAAACUGCGUAUAAACAGAUGACAAUUCAAAAAACAGGUGGACUUUUCAAUCUAGCUGUUCGCUUAAUGCAGUUAUUUUCAGACUGUAAAGACGAUUAUAGUCCCUUAGCUGGAAUCUUAGGGCUUUACUUUCAAAUUCGUGACGAUUAUUGUAAUUUACAUCUUCAAGAGUACGCCGAGAAUAAAAGUUAUUGCGAAGAUCUGUCGGAAGGAAAGUUUAGCUUUCCUAUUAUACAUGCUAUACAAUGUUAUCCGGAAGAUAGACAGUUAAUGAACAUUUUAAGACAACGUACAAAGGAUAUUGAAGUAAAACGGUAUUGUGUUAACUUAUUAGAAAAAUUUGGAUCUUUUGCUUAUACAAGAGGCGUACUCGAAGAGUUAGAUAAAAAAGCAAGAGACGAGGUUAAACGUUUAGGGGGAAAUCCUCUAUUAAUUCAAGUUUUAGACGAAUUACUGAAUUGGAAACAUCAAGAUGUUCAGUGUCAAGCUAAAAAAGCUACAUGUUAAACUUGAUUAUACGUCUCUGUGCUUUACCUAUGUUGUAUAUACCUAACUUAUGUAUAAUGUGUUGUUAAUAUUAAAGUCAAAAUUUUUAUAACAUUACAUUUAUAAAGAAACAAAAUCGAAGAGGUGGCUUUCAUUUAGUUUGUUCGAUAGACAAUAUGAAUUACAGACGAUAAAAAUCACUGUGGAAAUUACACAAAAGGACUCGAAUGUUCCUUUUUCAAUGUGUAUAGACUAAUUUUUUUAGGUUAAUUGUAGCUACAUAGUAAAUAAUAGGUAACAUACAGUGUACCAAUGUUAUAUUAACGCAGUAGCCGACUAUGAAUAAUUUUGAAAAUACAAAUACAUAAACGAAUUUAUUCUCUUAUGUUUUGAUUCUUGAAUAUAUUCGGUAGUCUCUAGAAUGCUUUACUUACUGUUGAACGACGAGAUGAUCAUAGGAUCCAAAGCCGCCCUGAAUAAAUCUUCUCAACUCGUUUCCCGGCAUCGGGAACUCGAUAGUUUUAACACUCUGCAUACCACCAAUUCGACGGUUCUUAACCUUUUCAAAAUUCACAGAACAUUUUUGACUAUAAGGAAACAUUUGUGAUACAAGAAUUAAACUUUUGGUAGUUCACUUGGUAAUGUAAGUUACACCUCGUCUACGUUAUAAACUACACAUUAUACACUUACGUUAAUACAUUCAAACAUAAUUUGUUAGCUAGAACAUCGCUUUCGUAACUUCGCGGAACACUAACUAGUGAUUUGAGGAACAACGGUUAAGAAUCACUGUCUAGUUCAAGGUUUCAACUUUUAACGUGUUUUCAUUCUAAUAAAAUUUACUCAUUUGUUUGUUUAAUUACUUUAUAUAAUGGACAAAAAUUAUUAUAAAGUUUUUUAAUUGCUAAAAAUGCGGUGAAAAUAGUACGCUAAGGAAAUAAGUGGAAAAUCUUUUAUUUUUAAUUUUCCUGAAUCCUCCCGAACUAUCUACCGAAUAUAUUAGUUUAUUAGUAUAAAUUUCUUCCCUUCGAAAUGAUGGUAGCGGUUUGCUUAUAAAUUUUUCGAAAAUAGUACAAACAGUAGGCUAUUUUCUCUAUUAAUUUUUAAUAUAUUCCGUAGUAAAGAAUUUCUACCCGAAGUUUGUUAAAUAAUAUUGUAAAAGUUUAAUAUUCAAACGUGACGUUAUAAAAAUGAAAAUGCAUCCUUGCUUGUAAUAAAAACUCAACCUGAAUAAAUCGAAUGCAAUUGCGUUUGUGCAAAAUUGUAUCAACUGCCGCGCAUUUACUAUAAAUUAGUAAUAUAUUGUAUAUUAAAUUUAAUAUUAC